UCAUUUUAGACUGCAGAGGUCAGUCGUACGAUAAUGCGAAAAAUAUGUCAGGCAUAUACCAAGGUGUACAAACACGAAUUAUCGGAAUGAAUCCUCUGGCUGUGUACGUACCGUGCAGCGCGCAUUCAUUGAAUUUAGUUUUGGAGCAUGCAGCUGCCGGCACUCAAGAAAUCGUGAGAUUUUUUAUGUUCAUCCAAAACAUCUACGUUUUCUUUUCGAAAUCAACGCGAAGGGACAUUCUGAACAACCAUUUAAAGAUUGAUCUUGAAAAAAGAAAGCAAAAAGAUCCUAAAAUUCGUCAGCUGUUUCCGAAGCGGUUGAGCGACACUCGUUGGUCAGCACGUGAUGAUGCGUGUCGUGCAUUGAAAACGGGUUAUGCAGCGUUUCCCGCGGCUUUGAUGGAAAUCUUCAAUAAUCCUGACGAAAAAAAGAUUUCUCAAGUUGAGGCUGAGUCGUUGUACAAAAAUUUCUACAAAUUGGAGACAGCGAUUCUACUGGAGUUUUGGAGCAAUAUUCUUCAUAAGGCGAAUGGUGUUAGUAAAUCGUUGCAAAAUCUUGAAAUCGACAUUCGAACUGCAGUUUACACGUAUAAGUCGCUUACGAGUUAUAUUCAGAACUUGAGAAGUGAGAAGUUGUUCAGUGAGUUUGAAGAAAAUUCUAAAAUUCUGAUUCAAAGUUGCCCAGAUUGGGAAUAGGAAAACGAUAUACUGUCGUACAACUGUUAUAACAAAAGGAAAAGAGGUCGAAGCACUAGGUACGAUAGUGGAAAUUGUCCGGAUACAUUCUUUGACGAUUCUAAAAACUGCAGAGUAAACAUUUUCUACGCGACAUUGGACAUUCUAACAACUGAACUGCAAUCCAGGGCGGAAUCGU